UACCUUCACACCUCUACAAGAAACUUCCACAACUCGCGUUUAACUUCAGUCCAGUGCAGACAACAUGAAAGAAAAUAUAUUUUCGGAAAAAUUCAAUGGCUAAUUCAUUUUUCGACUUUGAUACAUUAAACAAUGGGGAUAAUUUACUUCCACCUGAUGAAGAUGACUGUUUAGAGAAUGAAGAAGAAUAUGAUGCACUUAAUGAUGAGACAUUUGGAGGUCUUGAGGAUACUUCCAGCUUGGACGAUUGGGAACAGCAGCAUGAACAGUACGCAGAAAUUGCUGAAAGUUCCAAACACAGUGAGCAAAUAGAAAACUCCCUAUCACAAUUAGUUCUUGAUGAUGAACCUGAAGAGCGUGUUUCGCUAUCAAGUUCCGUUUGGUCAUACACACCUUCCACCAAAAAUGGAGAUAUAUUCAACAGCUCGAUUUUGUCAUCGUUACAGAAAGCUUCAAAAGCAUUUAUUGAAUCCCACAGCGAUGCUCCCUCCUCAAACCACGAUCUACCAUUACUACCGCCAACACCAAUAUUGCCUGCACAACCUAAAAAAAUUUGCACCGUCGAGGAAUUGGAAAAGAGCCUUAUUAACUCAAGUAAAAACACAGUGCCGAGCACGACAGCGGCGAGUGCUGUGUUGCUACCACCACAACCGCAGCAGCAGCAAGUUCCCAGACCAGUUCUACCUCUGCCCGGUUACCACCAUCAGGGGCAUGGAUUUCAUCCGAUGCUACAGCAUACCAUCCCAAACACGAGACUUCCACCACCCGGAUUGCCACCGAUGAAUAUCCCACCUCCAGGCUUACGACCGUUAAGUCAUCUUCCGAUUUUAUCGCCCGUAACCGGAAGGCCGAUACUGCCACAUCCACAAUUCAUGCAAAACGGACCUCCAAGGCCGCCUGGGUUCAUGUAUCCACCAGGUGCCAACCAGAAUCAAUACCCUAUUGGUUUUCCGUUUCCUCCCCCACUCGCUCGUGCUAUGACGAAUAUGAAUCAGCAACAGCAACGUAUACACCACAACAACAUCAAUCAACAACACCAUCAGCAGCCUCAUCAGCAAAUCCACCAUCAGUCUCUCCAACACCAGCAAAAAGAAAGAUCAAGGCAUGAUAGUGGAAGCUACAGACACCACCAGCAAAGAGACCAAGAACCAAAGGACGAAUACGCUGGUCUUAUGACGAUGAGAGAAAAACAAUGGUUGCUAAAUAUUCAAAUGCUGCAGUUAAAUACCGGCACGCCAUAUUUUGAUGAUUACUAUUACACAAUCUUUAAGGAGAGGAAAUUGAAAGGUAACAAUAAAGAAAACUCUAACGAAAGAAACCCGCAUCAUAAAAGGCAACACAGGAACAGUGAUAGGCAAGAAAAUGCAAAUACACUAACGCCACGGGUCUAUACGCCUUUGCAAUUUGAAAAUUCUUUGGGAAAAUUACAGUGUGGGUCGGUCACGGCUCCUCGAAAAAUCAUCGAUAUGGACAUUGUUACUCCCGACAAAGACAGUGACGGUCCUCAGGUAUCGAGGGAUACACGGAAGACGAAGCAGCUGUUGUUGGAAUUAGAAGCAUUGUACGCAUUACUGCUUAAGGCGGAAGAUAUCAAUAAUCCUUUGUAUAUAAGCAAUAUGGAUAAGUUAAGAGAAAUGAAGCAGAAACAAAGAUUAAGAGAGUUGGAGUUAGCCCCCACGCCAGAACAAAAACGAGAAGUCCUAAGACUGUUUAAGUUAGAAAGUGAAAUUGUUUUAGAAAAUCAAUACGACUAUAUAGUCAAGAUUUUUCAAGGUUUUGUACAAGAAGAUAAGAUCUGUAGUUUCCUUAACAUUCGGAAAGGAAAGAUGCUGCUAUUAAGACUUUUACCGCAUCUAACGUUAGACAUGUUCCCAAGCCAACUGUUGGAGUUGUGGUGUAAAGUUUUGCUCAGUAUACCCAUCAUAGGAAGAAGAGACACUGCUGGUGAUAACAUUUUACCGAAAUUGUACCCAUUUUUAAAAAGAUAUGUACAGUCUAGUAAUAUGUCAGACGUGUUAGAAAUAGCAACGGGACUAGUAGAAGUAGUCAGGCAGGAAUCUAAUAGAAGUACUCCUUUGAGUCACGUGGGCAAAUCUCCCUUAUAUUUUGUUUUAUUAAAUAAGUUUGGCGUUUCAGCUUUAGUAGUACUACUAAUCAGAGCUGAAUGUCUCCUAUCAUCAGACUCCGUAACGGAAAAACAGCAGAACACAUGGUCCAACUUCUUGGUGAGUUGGGCACAGAUCACAGAGUCAGUGAGUAAGAUCCCCUCGCCGAUCGAUACCAUCCCCUCUCCAAUAUUUGACAAGCAUUGCAACAGAUUUAAAAUUUUAAAGCCAGACAAGAGAUCCUUGUUGGAAAAAUAUUUUGUUGAUUGUAACUCUAAUGUAUAGUUAUAUAUUUAAGGAAAAAGUUAUAUCUACUUCCGUAUUAACUUGAAUGUGCAGGGUAUUCGAUAUAUUUUCUCUUUAAGGGUAGCAUCUACUACUAGGUGGUACUAGGCAAAACUACUAAGGGUGCCUAGAAGAACAUUAAGAGGGUUAUAAAAAAUGUGUUUUUUCUUCUUUAAUUAAAAAUAAUUUCUGUUCUACGUCUAACCAAAAAGAUAGAACUGUCAAAAGAGUGAAUUUGUCCCAAUAAUGGCGAAUUAUUGACAUUUUUUAUGAAUUGGUGAAAUUUUCAAGGUUAUUGGAAGAUCUUAACACCUCAUCUUCAUUACAAUACAACAUAAACUAUUAUAUUUAAUAUGUUUUUACUUAUGUAUAUUAUUGUUAAAUUAAUAAUAACUAAUUAAUGUAAAGAAAAAUCGUUAUUGUCAUUUAGAAACAUUGUUUCACGUAUAUGAAGGUCAUUCUAGUAUGUUCGUAAAGCACUAGGCAUACACCCUACUUUUAAUUUAAACUUUUUUGAAAAUUACUCCACCGAUGAUUGAUUCUAGGUGAAAACACUUCAGUGUUUCACUUACUACAGAAUGUGAUCAUGUUUUCUGUAUUUUAAUGAAGAACUAAAAUUUUUGAAUUACCGCGAAAGACUAAUACGCCUCUUUUGACGACUUCUAAACCUUUAAAAUGGUAAAGGAAAAGUCAAACAGUAAGGUUUGCACGCAAUUUUCCCCUUGUUGCCGUAUUCUAAAGUUUAAAGAAUAUAUAGAGAAUAAUUAGAGUUUUUGACAUACUAUGUCUAUUACUGCGAACAUUUCAUUGGCUAGAGUUAGUGACGACUUUAUAUGACAUCCUUAUUACAUUUGGUGAGAUUGAAAAUGGUAUCUGGAGUCUGUCAUAUUGGAGGUUAAAUAUAAUGUCAAAGUAUUGUUUUCAAAUUAUAAUCGGGGAAGACGAAAUACUUAUUACAUUUUAAUAUACAAUUUAAUUCAAAUAUCCAACAAUUUGAAUCAAAACCAAAUAGAGAAACUAGUAUGUAACAGAAUUCAGUGGGUAGACAGUUUCAUAGGACAGCUAUUUUAACCAACUUCACAUCUAUAUACAAAAAUCUUACAUAACCUUCUAUAGGACAACAUGAGUUUGACAUUUAUAGUACAGAUAUAGUAUUUUUACUACAAAAGCGAUAUUACGUAGGUCAAAAUUUUUGACGUAAGAGAACGGUCAAAACAUUAGAAUGUGACUUUUCAUUAUUGCCAUGUUUAUUAUAAAUGGCAAUAAUGAAAAGUCACAAUCUAAUGUUUUGACAGUUCUCUUACGUCAAAAAUUUUGACCUACGUAAUAUCGCUUUUGUAGUAAAAAUACUAUAGUUAUCUUUGUUUCACACUCUGAUAAAGACAAAGAAGAGAAACAGUAUAACCGAUAGCUGCUGUGGUAUAUAAAUAUGUUUUUUUAUUUGGCAAUAGUGCUUUCCUUCUAAACAUGACAGUAGCGAAAAAACUAAUAUAUGAGGAAAAUGUGUUGAAUUUGUUGGCCGUCAAGUUUGUACCAUUUGGUUAUGAUGUCAUUAAAUGUAUGACGUGCACGCCUAAUUGUUUGAAUUGGACCAUAUGUUUUUAUGUAAUUACUAGAUCUGGAAUAGCACUGACACGUUUCAAGAUGGGGAAAAUAUAUUGAGACACCCGGUAUAUGAAUUUAAAUUUGAUAAUAUGUUUUAUGAUGUUUUCUUUGUAAAGUCUAAAUUGUUAUCACUGAUUAGUUUUAAGUACGGUUCAAGUUGAUGUGGUAGUAGAUACGACGAAAAAACUGCAUCAAAAAGUGAUGAUUUAAAAAACAGAGAGAAAUAAGUUUUUAAUUUUUUAUGCUCCUCUAACUUAUUAGUUCUUUUGUAUUUGCAUAUUAUUUUAAAAGCAAUUUUGGAAAAUGCUCGGAAAGUGAAUGAUUUUCUGACGGUUUUUAGAAGUUUUAGCAUACAAAAAAUAUUUUUUAUAUUAACACUUUGUUUUCAUAAAGCACAUUUUAAGGACACUAAUAGAUAAGAGACAAAUGUCUCGUCUGAAUCCCAAUAUUCUCAAAACUUUUACAUCAUUAAGCAUGCGAAGACGAGCCUCGAAGAUAUUUUCUAUGUUCUAGGUUUCUUGUUGUAGCCUCUUCACUUCCUCUUAUAGCAUAGUAUUCAUGUUUGUUAGUGGUUUCAUUCUUCUUCAUGUACCAUAUCCUUUCAGAGCUUUGGUUACUACCAUCAUAGCUAUCUUAAUUUUAUUCACUGCCACCCUAAAUAGCAUGCUUGUAUCAACACCAUACCAAUCUCGCAAGUUAUUCAACCAUGAAGUUCUUUUUCGUCCUGGACUACGCUUGCCUGCUCGUUUCCCUUGCAUAAUAUUUUGUAACAACCUAUAUUUGGGACCUCUCAUUACAUGUCCGAAAUAAAAGAUCAGAUAGAUCGUGGUCAUCUUAUUUUUUCUUCUGGUCCACACAAGUCCCGUAGGCACAAUUAUUAUAUCUACUUUACAAACUUCAAUUCUUGAUGUUAAAGGAAGAGUGUCUGCUAGGAUUCUUACCUUUAGUGCUUGAUCAUGGAAAUUAUCGUACUAAAAUAUUACACACUUUGUAAUUAUCAUCAUCCAGUGAUAUUCCUGUUACUACAUAACCUAUUCUAACCUAACUUUGAUCCCUAAUAGCUACGAGAUCCUUCUAGCACUUCUUUAAGUACUUAUGGUGUCGGCAAACGUUAAUUUGAUUUUAACAAGUUGCUACAUAUACUCUAGAAGUUGCUAGAAUUUCUUAAUACCUGUGAAUAGCUGAUGCACAGUAAAAUAUUCUUUAAAACGACUGAUAAUCACAAUUCUAUUUUACCCUCUAUAAUAAAUUGGGAAUCCAGUAUUUUUCGUCUAUCAUCAGAUAUCCCAGGUAAUAUAACUAGCUUUUCUUGUUCACUAUUUUUAUUUAUUCGUUGCAGAAUUUCUUGAUUCAAUAUUCUUGUUGUCCAGUGUUCCAAAUGGUCCAAAGUUGCGAUCAUAAACGCACAUGUGGAAGGCUUCUAGUUUAUUUAAGCUCACAGUUUUUAGUGUCCAUGUUUAGACUUCAUAAAGUUAUAUUGACCAUAUACGACAUUACAGAUUUUAGCGUAAGUAGCAGAUUGAGAUGUGAGUUGGAAAUAAGGCCGCUCCGUCUAAUAAAACUCUCCCUGGAUUAAGAAAUUCUUACUUUUAUUUCUUACUCAUGACAACAUUGCACAACAGGAGUUGCUCAACAUUGUUGUUAAUCCAACAGCCCAAGUAUUUGUAAUGAGUUACCUGUUCUAGCAUGUUUGCCUUUUUCUGUUGGUUCUUCAUACGUUUUUCCUUUUUCUACGUGUCUGAUGUUUCACAUUUUGAUGCCAUAACUUUUAUUUCCAGUGACUUUUUCUAGUGUUUUUCUGAGUAGUAGUUCAAAAUACAUGGUUAAUAGUAUACGAUAAAGACCGCAGUCUUGCCUUGCUCCACUGGAUAUGCUGUAACGGCAUGGUCGUUAAUUCUAAUCCUAACUUUUUGUUACUAGUCGAUUUGUUUUAAUAUUUGUCGUCUACCCCUAUAUACUAUCCAGGGUUUUCAGCAAUAUACUGUCCAAUAUCCACUGUCGAACACUUUUUCGAAAUCUAUGAAGCACAUAAACACAUAUUUUUAUUGGUAACACUUUUGGCGGAAUACUUGUGAGUCAGAAGAUAGCUUUCCCAACUGUUUCAAAAUCCAAACUGGUUUUUUCUUAUGAUGAACUAAUAUACCUUAACAUUUUGGUUUUUUCUUAUUUCUUCUUCACAUUUGUCAUGAGCUGUUGUGAAGAAUCUUAAAUAUCUGUACUGGCUGUUACAGUCCGUAUUAUUGUGUUGUUGAAGAGGACCUGGUAGUAUAUUCCUCACAUAAUAUGUUCAUUUAUUAAUCAAAUUAAAACCAUAGUCAUAUAACUUUUACAUAAAUUAACCAAAACAUUUGGCAGGUGCAUAGAACAGCAAUUUUUUGUCAGAGCAACUUGUCUCGUCUCGCUAUUCACCUGGUAAAUGUUGGCAGAUCGUUUUGCUUAGUUGCAUUACGAUUUAAAAGUAGCUUUUAGUUAAAACUAACACCAGGUUAGAAGAUACAUUCACUUUUCGGUAUUUACAUGUCUGUUAUUGUUUAAUCAUAUGUUUUAGAGUAUAUUGAAGGCUUCAUGAAUUACAUUCGACAGAUCAGGCCUUUUCUCCUAAAUUCUUUGUAAAAUAUGUGAAAAGAUAUAUCAUUUUUAAUGUAUGUAGUAGGGAAAAUAUUAUCAAAAACGGUGGUAAUGAAGCUUGAGCUGCUAAUUAAAUAGAGUAAUUUUUUCUGACAUAAAACAUUUGGGGUAUGAAGUUUAUCAGAAUUUUAUAAAUAAGUUAUUGAAGAACACCGUAUUUUUUUAUAAAUGUGUAGAUUUUUUAGUAUUUCAUUUUGCGUUCUUAGAUUGUAAAUUUUUUGACAAUCUCCACAAGUUAAACUAACCUUUUUUUAAAUGUAGCGUUUGUGUGCUUUUUAUAUGCCAAUUCGACUUGACAGUUAUAAAAUUUAGUAUCAAAAAAGCGCUACAAUCCCAAAAACGUAUCUUUUGAGUAUCCGGCUCGAAGGACCAAAACAUGUAAAAUUCAAUUCAAGAAAAUCUUAUUUUGGACGCAUUGCUUGCAUUGGAUAACUUCCUAUUAAUGGAGACUUAUGUUCAUAUUCUUUUUUCUACUUAGGUCUUACUUACAAUGCUGUGGAACCUAAUCAAAUAAUUAUGUUCAAAAAACUAUAUUUAGAUAAAUCAACGAUGAUUGAUUAAACGAGUAUUGAUCCCAAAACAUGUAGUCGUGAGUUACUAACAUAUUUUUGUAAAAAUUCAGAAUUUUAUUGAUUUUUUAGCUUUGUAAUUCAUAUGUUCAAAAGUUUUUUUUAAUUAUUAGUCGAUGAUAAACUUUGUUGCCUAUGUUUAAGUAAAUAAAUGCAUCAUUACCCUGUUUUUGUGCAGCUUCCAGGCUCUAUAUUUGUUUUGUAGCCUGUACUUUGCCCGAAAGAAUUUAUGAUAAAAAGGCAUUUGUGGUUAUGAAUAUUUCCGAUUUUUUGUAGGGCAAUACGUAAAAUAGUGUUGGAAUUGUAUUUUUUACAUAGUUUCAGUUAAUUUUUUAGUGUGGUAUUUGAGAGUUUGUGUAUGUAAUGUAGUAACUUUGCUUCCUUAUUUCUGAAUCGUAUUUGGGCACUCUAGAUUGAUCUUUCUUAUUGUGACGGCUAAUUGUGUGUGUAUUGAUACACACACUCGCAGUCCAUUACACCUCAAUCCAGUGUAAUCACACGUAUUCCUACAAUCAAAACAUCGACACACAACUACUCAUACAAUAACUCCGAAUCGGAAAUGGCAGCAACCACUCAUGGCGGUUACAGUUCCGGUGAGGCAUCUCUUUAAUACAGAGUACCUCCGCCCCGAUAAUGUUGGUGAGUCAAUUUUUUAGACAAAUAACACAGUAAGAGGCCAUAGGAUCACUGAAGAUCUGCGACGGACAAAAAAAAAUUAUGUAUGUCUAUUGAAUAGAGACUUUUAUACUUAAUAUUUUUCUUGUAUAUAGGCUGCGAAGGCAAGUUUCCUCAAUAGUUACAAUUUUGUUAAUUUUUUUAUUGUUAUAAUAACAAUUUUGCCCAUAACUUUCGUAUUUAAAUUUUUAAGGAUUAUUAUCAGUCUCAGCGUACUAUUUUUUAUGCACAAUAUCUGCUUAUACCAUUGAUAAUGUCUGAUAUUAACGAUGUGAUAGAUUUCUUUUAUUAUUUUACGAUUUGCAUAAAAUCAAUUGGCGAAACUUUUGUUCUAUUAUAUUAAUGUAUAAUUUUCUCAUGUUAUUGUUACUUUAAACAUGAAGUUAUUUAGUUAAAAAAAAUAAUGUAUCGAUUAUUUUAUCACUUUUUAUUAAUUUGUCAAAAAUCCAACGAUUUUUUUGAAAAAUCUUGAAUUUUUGACAGUUGUAUGACUAAAGAAAUUUUAUAAUUUAUUUCUUGCUAUUGUUGCUCACUUUGGGGGAUGUAGUGUGUUACACAGAGAAAUAUUUGUAAAAUUUGUAUAUGUAUGUUAUUACUUACAAGAAUAAUUCUGUACUAAAAAUUAUAAAAACAAAUAAAAAAGAAGAAACUAGAAGGUAGUAGUGAUCCUGUUUAGGUAGAAAUGCUGUGAAAAAAUUUUGUGCUUUCAAAUUGGAAGCUGAGGUCAAAAUAGUCUGUUUCUAGUCUACUUUUGCAUUGUAUUUUGACAGUUAUCAAUAUGUCAUAUUUAUAGCGAAGCAGGCAUUUUAUCUUUUCCCAAAAACGAAGCUCUAAUAAAAAUUAAAGUUAACAAGCACUGAUUCACUCAUUUCUGUUAAUUUAUUUUGAAUAUCUACUUAUUUGUCAAUUGAUAUUAUUUUAUUGUCAACACCUUUAAGGUUCUUCAUGAGUUCCCUCCCCUGUUACAAUUAGUAUAUCUCCAGAGACAGUUGACAUAUCAUCUUGCUCAGAAUGUGUAUAUACAUUCUGGACCAAAAACGUUGACUUGAAGAUGUCUGCUUUAUCCUUUUGAGUACUAAAAGAAUUUCAUAUUGCAUUCUAAAUAUUUUGGCGGACACCAACAUCGUAUUAUGUAAAUGAUUUUCAUAAUUUCUGUAUUUAUCCUGUAGGCCUAGUGCUACAGAAAUGUUAAAAAUUAGACCGGGGUAUUCAGCACUAAAAACACCGGAAUAAAUCGAUUUUUAAAUACACCACCUAGAGACUUGGCAACUUUUUGCGUUGUGUUCAGGAUGAUGUGGGGAAAAAAGUUACUAUACGCUAUGAGCUCGUAGGUAGAGGGGAUAAUUAAAAAUUCCGAGCGCCAGUAGUGACAAGUCUGUAAAUUUUACUGGAAAUUUGAAGUUCUGCAUUUAGAGUUGCAUAUAAUUUUUACUAAAAAUGUCUCACGAAGUUGUAUGAAAGACUGCCAAAAUACUGGUUACAAUAGUAACUGUGUAUUAGACAGAUUUCCUGUCGCUAAGCAUAAAGUUACAUUAUUUGCGAGGGCCGAAAGUUCCUUAGAAUAAACAAAAAGUUUCUUCUGAAUGAGAUAGGUAUUUGAAAUUAAAAAUCACACUAAAUUUUCUCUUUUUUUUCACCCCCUGUAAAUGAUUAAAAUAAACAGAAAUUUUCAGGGACUUUCGAACCUCGAUAAUAAUGUAGUCUUUCAUUCUGCGUUUAAAUUUUUCAAAUAUACUUAUUGGUUCUCUCAGGAUUCGAAAAAAAGUAAUGCAUUUAAAAAGAGUUGGCCCGAAAUUUUACGUUUACGCUCUUAAUUCAUUAUUUAAAUGCAAUAAAUGCAUAAGUUAAUAUUGAAGAAGUAUUAUACUAUAAUUAUAUUAAAUUAUUAUACUUUUUUGCAGAAUAAAUUUUUUCUAAUAUUAACUGUCACCAUAAACUUCAAAACCAUAAGCAAAAUCUUAAAAAUAAUCAUAAUGAAUAAUAAAUUCUGCUCUUACUGAUAUUAAUUAUCGAUUACAAUCCAAUUACUUCUUUACGUUGUAAAUAUUACACGAUAAGAAUUAAAUAAUAAGUUUGAAACAAUUAUUUGCUUUUCUCCUAUCCUCCUUAAAUUUUCGGCCGAAACAGGAACACUAGUCAUCCGUUAGAUGGCGAUACCAGCGAAACUCACAGAUGAUAGGCAACACUUUUUUCUUUCCAGCGAAAUUUCCGGUGAAAUUUGUAUACUAGUAGUCCGUUAGGUAGGUGGCGAUACCAGCGAUGCUCGGAGCGUAUACAAUAAUGGGUGGAAAUGCAUAAUAGCAUUUUAAAGUCUAUAAAAAGAGUGCAUAAACAUGUCAAAAUAAGCAUAACUAGGGCCAGAUUUUGUUACUCGGUGGUUUUUGGGGUAGCUGAAUACGACUACGCGGUUAGAACCGACCCCCGGAGCACCUGGUACCCAGUUUCACUGCUAAGGCACGUCUUCUUCUGGAGUUUUCGAGGAUAUUCGCCAUUAAAUUGAUGCAAACAUAUUUCUCAGGGACUUUUUGGGGUUGUUGUAAACGAAUAUUCCAUCAGAACGAUAUCUAGCUAGAGCACGUUUCUGUUUUGAGUUUCAAGUAAUUGUGACACUAAAUUUAUGCAAACAGAUUACAGGAAAGGUUUUUGGGGUUGCCGAAACGAAUACGUCAUCACAACCGACUCCCGGAGCAUCUGGUGUCGACGAUCACGUCUCUUUCACGACUACAGACUGAGUAAAACACAAGUUAAAAAUAAAGUAAAUAUAUUUAAGAUAAUUAUAUACAGUUAAAAUAAAUAAAAUAAAAUAUAAUUUUAUCUUCUGCAAAGGAAAAACAGUAAUAUUAUACUCAUUACUGUCAUCCGAACAUAAUAGUAAUAUUAAAAUGAUACGAUAAAUAAUACAAUAUAUACAAUAACAACCUGCGGAGAUACCGCAUUUCACUUCAAUGCGGCACGGCUGCACUCGUUCCUCGCUACUAUCGCCCACUGCGAUAACAGUCAUAGCAAGACUCCACGUCACUACUGUGGCGUCCACCUAGGCAUAGUUCCACCUCAAAUACGGUGCAUCUCUGCCAAUCGAGCUAUUGCUAGUUCAACACACUAGCAACUGCUGAUUUCCUCAUUAUCCUUCGGUUUCCCCCAGCGGUGCUAUGAAGAAGGAAUGUGCCAACACGGACACUCCUCCGGUCGUCUCUGGUAGAUCAGCUCAUCGGUUGCUGUGGCAUCAUAUCGUUACAACUGCUAAGGACGUCAUCUAUAGUUUCGAAGGUAUUCGGUACUGAAUCCAUGCAAAUAGAUUACUAGGCUUUUUUGGGGUCGCUGAAUACGAACACGCCAUCAGAACUGACCCAGGGGCCACCUGGUGCCCAAGGUCACUGCUAAGACGUUAUUUUCUGGAGUUUGAAAGGUUAUUGUGCACCGGGGUCGGUUCUGAUGACGUAUUCUUGUUCAGCAACCCCAAAAACCUCCGAGUAAUUUGUGUGCAUCAAUUCAGUGCCGAAAAUCUUCGAAACUUUAGCUGACGUGCCUUAGCAGUGAACCUGGACACCAGGUGCCCCGGUGCACUUUUCUGAUCCACUUUUCUGGUGACUCCAAAAAACCCCGAGUAACAAAAUCUGGCCCUUAAUAUAUCUCUUUUGACAUGUUUAUGACUUUUGGAUGCAUUUUAUGCACUGUAAAAUGCAACUAUGCAUUUCCACCCAUAUUUCUAUAGUAGACUUUUUUCUUGAAAUCAUCCUGAACAUAAUGUAAAAAGUUGCAAGUUUCUGGGUGUUGUAUUUAAAAAGCAAUUUAUUUUGUGCUAAAUGCCCUGGUCUAAAUAUUGCUAAACAGUUGAACUAUUUAUAACUUGACAGUUAUGAACUGUAGAUGGAACUCUUUGCUGGUUGUAGAUUGUAUUUUGGCAAUUAUUUAGACUGAAAAUCAUAUUUUAACAAAUUGUAGACUAGUUUGGCGGUUGUCGACUACAUUUUGACAGUUGACACUGGUAUUUCGACGACGGCUUCCGAUCUGAUUACUGAAAACUAAUUGUUCAGUAUUGCUUUUUGUAUAACUAUCUUUUGAAAAUCCACUACUGAGGAGUUAGUCAUAAGAUCGUAAUUGUCGUGAUACGUGCCCUACAUCCCCCACAGUAAAGUUGUGCUCACUACGGAGAGCAAUGGAUUGUAUCCUCGCUCCGACCCUUGCUCCCUGGUAUUUAUAUUCGUGAAUUCUCGCAUUUAAAAUAAAUACAUUAUUUUAAAUGCGAGAAUUCACGAAUAUAAAUGCCAGGGAGCAAGGGUCGGAGCGAGGAUACAAUCCAUUGCUCUCCGUAGUGAGCAAACCCUAACUGUUUUUGUACAAAAAAGAGACAAAACCUAUAUUUUUAAUAUUUCAAAUAUGUAAUUGCUAUUUUUGUAUUGUUUCGUGGUUUGUAAAUUUUUGUUAGUUCAUUUUUUAUGUUGAUCGGUCGCUUUUAAUAAUUAAUUUGUUUAGUUAAUACUGGACUCGACAUCGAGCGUUAUCCAACGCGAGGUAUUUGUUUAUGAUCGCGUUGGAUACUAAUAACAAGAGAUAACUGCGAUUAUCUGUUUUAUUUUUAGUUUUAAUCGAAGAUAUCGGAAAUAUGUUUGGAGAUAUCGUUUAUAUCAUUACUAUGAAGCUUUUUUCAAUUAGAUAGAAUGUCAAACGUAUAUAAAUAAAUUGUUUGACUUAUUAA